GCACCAACAGCGGCACCAACAUUAAGUGGCUGGCAAUCACAGAGCGCGGUUCGUACGCGCUGCUCAAUUUGUUUUGAUCUAUCUGAUUCAUGAGAACGGAGAUCGAGAGGAGAACCCGACAGUUGACUCGUGCCCAGGAAAAGUACGUUGUGCGGUUGUAAACUGUGCCAUUUCGGACGCCAAGCAUGGUCCUCCUCACCAGGAAUACAGACAUGGAAGAAGCGAUGCCCCAAACUGUACCAUCCGCAGGGUUUACCCCCCCAUGUGACUACAGCAACUUCGCCGACAAUUUCGAUUUGUCGCUCUUACCAGGAGGUGAUCAGCCAGUAUCGCCUUCCACCCUCUUCUACACACAAUCACCCCCACCCCCAAACCCAGACAAAAACGUCCACCCCAAAAUAUACGCCACGUUCUACCCCAAUACCCCACAACAGAAACCUCCAACAGAAAAUAAUAUAGACCUGGGGCCUGACUUCCAAACGUUACUAGUACCUGACGAGAAGAAGAAUCAUAACUACCCCAGGUCUCCAGUUUCAAAUAUCUACUUGGAAGUUCCGAGCCCUAAGAAUUACCCAAAUUCUCCCGUGGGAGCCUUGUCGCCUUACUCGCCACAAAGCCAAGGAUUGUUGUCGCCCAACGACCACUUCACCAACUACAGACAAUCUGGGGAAGGCAAUUUCUACCCCAGCUCCCCAGAGCAGUCCCUGUACACAGCUUCCCCAAGUUCCGUAUACUCCAGGUCACCUUGCAGCGAAGACUACGUCCAGAACCAGUACAUAAAGACGGAAACGUACUCCAACUCUACGUCACCGCUUCCCAAUUUCGCGCCGUUCAAGAUAAAGGAAGAGAGCUUCUCUACGUCAUACGCGUCAGCGUCUCCGGAUCAUCUGAGCUUGACACGAGACGGUGCGGAUGUCUUGGAUCUGUUAGACACCACUGUGUUAGAAAAACAAAUAAAGCAGGAGAGUACUGUCGACUUCGGUAACAUAUUGCAAGGAUUCCAGGAUACAGACACGCUGAGGCAGCUGUUGGAAGAGGACCUGAAAAAACCAGAGCCCGAGAAGCCCAAGGAUCACCAACUCCUGAGGGAGGUGUUGAGGGAUACCAGCUUCCAAAAGAAGUACAACAUAAGACCUAUUGACUUCGGAUUUCUUGGUGGUGAGAUUAAGAUGGAGGAGCCCGAAGGUGAACCGAGUGACUUGAGUGAGCAGAUCGCGAGGGAAAACAUCGAGCCUGUUCUGAAUUUAGCCAUCGAGCAGAUGAGGAAAGAUGUUGACAACACCUGUGCCACUCUGGGGAUCUCCAGAGAUCCAUCUCAGUGGGACGCGGCCAGCGUCUUGUCCUGGAUCAGAUGGACAUCCAGACAGUUUGGCCUCCCAGAACCAGUUGCGGAACAGUGGGAUAUGCCCGGAUCAAGUCUAGUCACUCUCUCAGAAGAAGACUUCACCAGAAGGGCUCCUCAGGGUGGUAUGAUCCUUUACGCUCAGCUAGAGAUAUGGAAAGCAGCGUAUUCAGAGGAAGAUUUGGGUAUGCAAUGGCUUCCAGAGACUACGUCCAGCAAUGCUUCAAGUGGUGAUGUUUCCGAAGAUGAGGAAGAAGAGGCUGCCUCACAUUCCGAAUCCCCGAAACCCACCACCUCCAGGUCUGGCUCUCACAUCCACCUCUGGCAGUUCCUGAAGGAACUCCUCGCGUCUCCCCAAACACACGGUUCGUGUAUUCGGUGGUUAGACCGCACCAAGGGCAUCUUCAAGAUAGAAGAUUCCGUCAAGGUAGCCCGGCUCUGGGGCAAGAGAAAAAACAGGCCGGCAAUGAACUACGACAAGCUCAGUAGGUCCAUACGGCAGUACUACAAGAAGGGCAUCAUGAAGAAAACAGAACGGUCGCAGAGGUUAGUGUACCAGUUCUGCCACCCGUACAACUUGUAAUUAUUCUUCUUCUUCCACAAACAUGUACAUAGCAGUUAUUUUGUUUCUAUAAAACAGCUUUAGACGUACAAAAGCGAUUUUAUAGUCACGAGUAACUAAAUAUCUGGGGGUAUAGGUGAGGUGUAGGUUAAAGGAAGUUGCAUUUGGUAAAAAAUGCAGCAAACGGGUGCAACGCAGGGUAUUACUCGUUGCGCUCGUUUCGUUAUGCCAGUAAGGCAUCCAAAUAGGAAGGUAAUUUCCAGUAAAUUCUAUUUUUAAGUAAAACAUUUACCGACAAGUAGAAAUCUCUUUCUUGGAUGUGAACUGAGAGGUGUUCUUUCGGCGGUUGUUUGAUGCUCGAGAUUUGGUAAAGAAUCUUUAGAAGCUCGACUUCUCGUUGAGGAAUACUUGAUGGUUCGCAAUUCCUCGAGGAAUUUUUGAAAACUCGGUGAUUUCUGGUCCCAUAUAUCUAUGAUAUAUUAAGUAAGUAAGUUCUAUGAACAAAUUUAUAUGUCUAAGAAGUUUGAGAUGUUGAAAUAUAGGACAUUCAAAUUGAGGGUGAACACAUUUGCAAGGUUCCGAUGACGAAUAUGUACGGAAGGCGGUUGCAAAUGUGUUAACACCCCGAAUAUUUUAUAAUCGUUUUAUUGUUUUAACUAUGUAGUUUAUCGAUACUCAUUGUAAUUAUUUAUUUUUAAAUUGUAGUGAACCGAGAGCUUUAUUAUUACCUUUACAAGCAUAUUAUGUAUAAACCAAUAUUUAUUUAAGGUUAAUAUUUAUUUGAUCCUUUGUAAAAUGUAUUUAUAUUU